AAUGCCAAAUCAAUGAUGCCAUUCCGAAUGCUUGGCGCUGCCAGAAUGUGGCUUUAGGAGGCUUCAUUCGCAUCGCAUACGCAUCAAAGUACUGUUGCGACUUGUCGCGACGGUCGGAUGCGAUCGGUCGAAAUCAGACGUCAGUGGAAUGAGAAAAAAUCACGGCGUUAGUUGCGCAGGUUCACUCGACCCGUCCGUCAUCAUCAUCUUGGUUACGGCUGAUGUUACUUCGGCCGGACUGGUGAAUUCGAUUGUACGUAAGUCGCAUAAUCGCGCCGUCUAUCUCCCUUAUACUCCCUCGCAGUACCUUCGUGGCUGCUCCUGAAUUUCCUUUCUGGCGGACAUUUGAGUCGUAGACGACCUCCAUGCGAGUUUAGGCGGCUCUUCUAAACGCCAUGGGAAGCCGAGGCCCUUCGAGUAGCACGGCUAGUGGUAGCCACUCGAAAUCGAAACCCCGUAUCGUCGGCCGAUACGAGCUGGGACGGACUCUAGGCCAGGGCAGCUUCGCUAAAGUGAAACUCGCUAGAGAUGUCAAGUCGAUGCAGCAGGUGGCGAUAAAAGUGAUGGAGAAGGAGAAGAUUCUCAAGCACAAGAUGGCCGACCAGAUAAAGCGCGAGAUCACGGUGAUGAAGAUGGUGCGCCACCCCAACGUCGUGCGCCUCAUCGAGGUGAUGGCGUCGCAGUCCAAGGUGUACAUGGUGCUCGAAUUCGCGGCCGGCGGGGAGCUCUUCGACCGUAUUGUUCACCGCGGGCGAUUGGGUGAGAGCGAGGCGCGGCGCUACUUCCAGCAGCUGGUGGACGCCGUCGACUGCUGCCACGCCAAAGGGGUCUGCCACCGGGACCUUAAACCGGAGAACAUGCUGGUGGAUGCGCACGGCAAUCUCAAGGUGUCGGACUUCGGGCUCAGCGCGCUGCCAGAGCAGCAGCACCGCGACGGGCUGCUGCACACCACGUGCGGCACGCCCAACUACGUCGCCCCCGAGGUGCUGCACGACCGCGGCUACGACGGGCGGCUGGCGGACGUGUGGUCGUGCGGCGUGAUUCUGUUCGUGCUGUUGGCGGGCCACGUGCCCUUCCAGGACCGCGACCUGCACCGCCUCUACCGCAAGAUCCGCUCGGGGCUCUUCGCCUUCCCCGCGUGCGUGUCCCCGUCCGCGCGCGCCCUCAUCUCCGCCAUCCUGCAGCCCGACCCCGCCAAGCGGCUCACUCUGGCGGGCAUCCGGCGCCACGCGUGGUUCCAGCCGGGGUACGUCCCCGCGCUGCCGAGCCCGGAGGCACCGGUGCACACAUGCGACAUCGACGCCGUCUUCUCCAACCACCAUCUGCUGCCGGCUGUGCCACAGCCGCCGCCCUCCCAACUCAGCGCCGGCCUCCGCAUCACAGCCGUCGAGUCGCUCCCCCGUUCGUGCUCGCCGCCCCUCCCCUCGCCCUCCUCCGACGCCAGCACGGCCCCCUCCUCCUCCCUGCUCUCCACUGGGCCUUCCUGCUCCGUGCUCUCGCCGCGUGCUCUCAGCCGCGCCACCAACAGCAGCAGCGGCAGCGGCCUUGGCUCUGGUAAUGGCGGCAGCGCGUUGACUAGCCCCCGCCAACCUCCCUCUGCUACUGCUGCUGCGGCUGCUGCUGACGUCCCCAUUCUGACCCACCCUUCCCCCUCGUGCUCCUCCUGCAGACUUGAGACGCAGGGGAGCGCGCAGAGUCUGGGGGAGCGAGGGGGAGACGGGGGGGAGGAGGAUAUGGCAGGAGAGGGAGGAGUGAAGGAGGGAGGAGGAGAAGGUGCGGUGCAGGAGUGUCCGGAGCUGCUGAACGCCUUUGACCUGAUAGCGCGUGCGCACGCGCUGGAUCUGGGGGUGCUCUUCCACCGCCGCGCUGACCCCGUUCUGCGCCCCACCCGCUUCGCCUCGCGCCUGCCGCCCGCCCUCAUCCGCUCGCGCCUCCUCGCCCUCGCGCCGCCGCUCCAAGCCGACGCCCACGCCAAGCACUUCAAGAUACGAUUCUCCCGCCCCGCAACAGUGACUGGCCGAGAGCUCUCCGUGGUCGUCCAGAUAUUCGAGAUGACAACGGGCCUCUUCAUGGUGGAGGCGCGCAAGGCAGCCGGCGACACUCUAGAGUUCCACAAGUUCUACCGCGCCCUGCUGGCACGGGUCUCAGACAUGGUGUGCCACGACAGCGCUGCCACCACAGCCCAUCCGCCCGUCACCGCCCAUCCCACCACCGCCCUUCUCGCUCCUGCGCCAGUCGUGGCCUCCUCGCCCCCUGCCCGUGCCAUCCGCCCCUCUGUGUCGCCACCCGGCAAGUUUGGCAAGGCAGGAGUGGCUCAAGGGACAAGGGACGAGGCACCGCUGCUGGAGCAGUCACAGCAGGGCCAGUCACAGCCAGCGGAUAGGCGGUCAUCGCUGGAUGAGGGCCAGAGGACCACCGUCAACGGCUGUGGUGGUGGUGACACGAGCAGGCGGAGAUCCAUGGACGAGACGAGCCAGCCAUAUGCAGACAUGGCGGCACGCGCCGCUGCAGCAGCUGCAGCUGCUGCACGGAGAAACGAAGCAGCACUGAAGUCCCCUGCAAAGGCGAGAUCGCUGGAUUUCUGGCCUGGAUCGUUGAGGUCCUCGACGCUGCUGUCGCCCCUCUUCAAGUCCCGCUCCACGGCAUCUCCCUCCAUAUCACUCAGCGGCCCUCCUUCCCCGCUCCCUCCUGCCUUGAGCCUCGCGAGCCCGCACAGGUGCUCUUGUGCUGGCCCCGUGUGCCACUGUGGGUAUGCGCUGAGCCGUGGCUUGGACGGGAGUGGAGGUAGUGAUGGCGAGGGUGGGGGUGAUGGUGAGACGGAGGCUUUGGGGCAUGCAGCAGCACGUGAGAUGAAAGCUGGUGCAGCAGUUGCUGCUGCAACAGCAGAUACAGCAGCACUAAGAGGGGAUGAAAGGGGCGUGGGUUGGAGGCAUACUACUGACAGCAAUGGCCACUGGCUCUUGGUGGUGAAAUAAUCAAUAACCACCAAUUUUAUUC